UCCCAUUAUGUCGAGUUCUAUUUCUCAACAGGAAGAACACUAUAUAUAUUACGCUAUAUAGGUCAACAAAUCAUCAUAGAAACAUGAAUUACCGAUUCCUAGGAAAGACAGGCAUGGAGGUAUCCAUCCUCAGUUUUGGAGCAUCAUCAUUAGGCAGUGUAUUUCAUUCAACUCAAGAAACAGAAUCGAUUAAAGUUGUUCAAGAGGCUCUAAAGAGUGGUAUUAAUUAUAUUGAUGUUGCACCUUGGUAUGGACAUGGAAAAGCUGAAACAGUUUUGGGAAAGGCAUUAAAGGAUGUUCCAAGAGACUCGUACUAUUUAGCUACUAAGGUUGGGCGUUAUCUUCCUGAAAUUGAUAAAAUGUUUGAUUUUUCCAAAGAGAAAGUUGUUGCUGGUUUUGAAGCAAGUUUGCAACGCCUUGGAUUGGAUUAUGUUGAUGUACUUCAGGUCCACGAUAUGGAAUUUGCUCCAUCUUUGGAUAUUAUUCUCAAUGAGACUCUUCCUGCUAUGAUGAAGCUUAAAGAAAAAGGAAAGGUGAAAUUCAUUGGCAUCACUGGGUAUCCACUUGAAAAUUUUAGGCGUGUCUUAGAGAAAACAUCGGUUCCUAUUGACACUAUUUUAUCGUAUUGUCAUUGUUCAAUGAAUGACCAAACAUUAUUAGGAUACAUAAAUGAUUUUAAGAAAUACGACGUUGGAAUAAUAAAUGCAUCUCCGAUCUCAAUGGGUUUGUUGUCAAACAGAGGACCUCCGUCAUGGCAUCCCGCUACCCAAGAGAUCAAAAAUGCAUGUAAACACGCAGCUGAAUAUUGUCAACGGCAGGGUAUUGAUAUUUCUAAACUGGCGAUGAAAUUUUCUUUGGGUUUUGAUGAGGUCGCUACAACUCUUGUGAGCACAGCAAACAUAGAAAACCUACGAAGAAACAUUGCAACUGUCACGGAGGAAUUAAGCAAAGGAGAAAAAGAGGCAAUGGAGUUUGUUAUAGAAAAUUAUUUUAGUAAACUUGAAGAAAAAACUUGGGAAGGUGUGGAAGUAAAAAAGUAUUGGGAAAAUAUGGAGCAUUUUAAAUCCACUUGAAUUAUUUUUUUCUUGACCGGCUAGAAGCCUGAACAUUACUGGUAAAUAUCCUGUUUUUCAGAACUGGAACGUCACAAGAAAAACAUGCGAAUUCUGCACUAAAUCAAUGACACUUAUUAGCCAAAAGUACAUUCUGAUUCUGAUUCUGA